GCAGACGGGUCCUCUCCUCUCGCCGGGCUCCGGGCUUGAGGCCCCGAGGUCAGCUCUGCUCCCGGCACCGCGCCCGGCGCGGGUCCGAGCCGCCAACUUCGGGCCAAUCAGCGCGCGGCGUCUCUGAGACCGCAGCGCCCCGGCCCGCGCCCCCCGCGCCCCCCGCGCCCCCGCGGCAGCAAUGGCAGCAGCGGCCGCGGCGGCUCCGGGCUGAGCCAGACCCGGGACUAGGAGGGGCUGAGCCGCGGGGGAUCCUGGAAUCGGCGGGGGAGGUGGGGAUUCUGGGAGGAAAACUCCAUUUCCUCCUUCCCCGCCGGCCUCUCCCCGCCACCCCAGCACCCCAAAUUUCGAUGUGUCGCCGCCCGGGCGCAGAGCGCUGGUGCUGAGCGAGGCGGCGGCGGCCGCGGCCGGGAAAAUGCUGGGCAUGUACGUGCCGGACAGGUUCUCCCUGAAGUCCUCCCGGGUUCAGGACGGGAUGGGGCUCUACACGGCCCGCAGAGUGAGAAAGGGUGAAAAGUUUGGACCCUUCGCUGGAGAGAAGAGAAUGCCUGAAGACUUGGAUGAAAAUAUGGAUUACAGGUUGAUGUGGGAGGUUCGUGGGAGUAAUGGAGAAGUUCUAUACAUAUUGGAUGCCACCAACCCACGACACUCCAACUGGCUUCGCUUUGUUCAUGAGGCACCAUCUCAGGAGCAGAAGAACUUGGCUGCCAUUCAAGAAGGAGAAAACAUUUUCUAUUUGGCAAUUGAAGAUAUAGAAACAGAUACAGAGCUGCUGAUUGGCUACCUGGACAGUGACAUGGAGGCCGAUGAGGAAGAACAGCAAAUUAUGACAAUGGUCCAAGAAGGGGGAGUUAAAAAUUCUAAAGGACAAUCAACAGCUGGCAGAAAAGAUUGCCUUGGCCGUAAAGAGGACUAUGCUUGUCCCCAGUGUGACUCGAGUUUUACCAGUGAGGAAAUUCUUGCUGAGCAUCUUCAGACAUUGCACCAGAAACCUACGGAGGAGAAAGAAUUUAAGUGCAAGAACUGUGGGAAGAAAUUCCCAGUUAAACAGGCUUUGCAAAGACAUGUUCUUCAGUGCACGGCCAAAAGCAGUCUGAAGGUUUCUUCACGAAGUUUUCAGUGCUCUGUUUGCAGUUCUUCCUUCAGUUCAGCAUCGAGUUUUGAGCAGCACCAGGAGACCUGCCGGGGAGAUGCCAGGUUUGUGUGCAAGGCCGACAGCUGUGGGAAGAGGCUGAAGAGCAGGGAUGCCCUCAGAAGACACCAGGAAAACGUCCAUGCUGGAGAUCCUAAGAAAAAGCUCAUAUGUUCAGUGUGCAAUAAAAAGUGUUCUUCAGCAUCAAGCCUGCAGGAACAUAGAAAGAUUCAUGAGAUAUUUGAUUGUCAAGAAUGUAUGAAGAAAUUUAUUUCAGCUAACCAGCUAAAACGUCACAUGAUCACUCACUCAGAAAAACGACCCUAUAAUUGUGAGAUUUGUAAUAAAUCUUUCAAGAGGCUUGAUCAAGUGGGCGCCCACAAAGUAAUACACAGCGAAGAUAAGCCUUACAAAUGCAAGCUUUGUGGAAAGGGAUUUGCCCACAGAAAUGUUUACAAGAAUCACAAGAAGACCCAUUCUGAAGAGAGACCAUUCCAGUGUGAGGAAUGUAAAGCUUUGUUCCGAACCCCAUUUUCUUUGCAGAGACACCUGCUCAUACAUAACAGUGAGAGGACUUUCAAGUGCCAUCACUGUGAUGCUACCUUUAAAAGGAAGGAUACCUUAAAUGUUCAUGUCCAGGUGGUCCAUGAAAGACAUAAGAAAUACAGAUGUGAGCUAUGUAAUAAGGCAUUUGUUACACCUUCUGUGCUUAGAAGUCAUAAGAAAACACAUACAGGAGAAAAGGAGAAAAUCUGCCCAUAUUGUGGCCAGAAAUUUGCCAGCAGUGGUACACUGAGAGUUCAUAUCCGUAGCCACACAGGUGAGCGUCCCUAUCAAUGCCCUUACUGUGAAAAAGGAUUCAGUAAAAAUGAUGGACUGAAGAUGCAUAUUCGUACUCACACCAGGGAAAGUCGGGAAGAACUCAAAUACAUGGAGGCUAAAGAGCAUCCUACUAAAGAAUGAAUGGUCAACCAGGAAAUUAAAAAAGAAUUAAAAAAAUUCAUGGAAACAAAUGAAAAUGAAAACACAACUGUCCAAAAUUGUUGGGAUGCAGCAAAGGCAGUUCUAAGAGGAAAGUAUAUAGCAAUACAAGCCUUUCUCAAGAAACAAGAAAGGUCUCAAAUACACAACCUAACCCUACAACUAAAGGAGCUGGAGAAAGAACAGCAAAUAAAGCCUAAACCCAGCAGGAGAAGAGAAAUAAUAAAGAUCAGAGCAGAAAUCAAUGAAAUAGAAACCAAAGGAACAGUAGAACAGAUCAACAAAACUAGGAGCUGGUUCUUCAAAAGAAUUAAUAAGAUUGAUAAACCCCUGGCCAGACUUAUAAGAAAGAAAAGAGAAAGGACCCAAAUAAAUAAAAUCAUGAAUGAAAGAGGAGAGAUCAUAACCAACACCAAAGAAAUACAAACAAUUAUAAGAACAUAUUAUGAGCAACUCUAUGCCAGCAAAUUAGAUAAUCUGGAAGAAAUGGAUGCAUUCCUAGAGAUGUAUAAACUACCAAACUGAACCAGGAAGAAAUAGAAAACCUGAACAGACCUAUAACCACUAAGGAAAUUGAAGCAGUCAUCAAAAAUCUUCCAACAAACAAGAGCCCAGGGCCAGAUGGCUUCCCAGGGGAAUUCUACCAAACAUUUAAAGAAGAAUUAAUACCUAUUCUUCCGAAAAUGUUCCAAAAAAUAGAAAUGGAAGGGAAACUUCCAAACUCAUUUUAUGAAGCCAGCAUUACCUUGAUCCCAAAACCAGACAAAGACCCCAUCAAAAAGGAGAACUACAGACCAAUAUUCCUGAUGAACAUGGAUGCAAAAAUUCUCACCAAAAUACUAGCCAAUAGGAUCCAACAGUACAUUAAAAGGAUUAUUCACCAUGACCAAGUGGGAUUUAUCCCUGGGCUGCAAGGUUGGUUCAACAUCCACAAAUCAAUCAAUGUGAUACAAUUCAUUAAUAAAAGAAAGAACAAGAAUCAUAUGAUCCUCUCAAUAGAUGCAGAAAAAGCAUUUGACGAAGUACAGCAUCCUUUCUUGAUUAAAACUCUUCAGAGUGUAGGGAUAGAGGGUACAUACCUCAAUAUCCUAAAGGCCAUCUAUGAAAAACCCACAGCGAAUAUCAUUCUCAAUGGGGGAAAAAUGAGAGCUUUUCCCCUAAGGUCAGGAAUACAGCAGGGGUGUCCACUGUCACCACUGCUAUUCAACAUAGUAUUGGAAGUCCUAGCCACAGCAAUCAGACAACAAAAAGAAAUCAAAGGCAUCCGAUUCGGCAAAGAAGAAGUCAAACUCUCACUCUUUGCAGAUGAUAUGAUACUUUAUGUGGAAAACCCAAAAGACUCCACCCCAAAACUGCUAGAACUCAUACAGGAAUUCAGUAAAGUGGCAGGAUAUAAAAUCAAUGCACAAAAGUCAGUUUCUAUACACUGACAACAAGAGAGAAGAAAGAGAAAUUAAGGAGUCGAUCCCAUUUACAAUUGCACCCAAAACCAUAAGAUACCUAGGAAUAAAUCUAACCAAAGAGGCAAAGAAUCUGUACUCAGAAAACUAUAGAAUACUCAUGAAAGAAAUUGAGGAAGACACAAAGAAAUGGAAAAACGUUCCAUGCUCAUGGGAUUGGAAGAAUAAAUAUUGUGAAAGUGUCAAUGCUACCUAGCACAAUCUACACAUUUAAUGCAAUCCCUAUCAAAAUACCAUCCACUUUUUUCAAAGAAAUGGAACAAAUAAUCCUAAAAUUUGUAUGGAACCAGAAAAGACCCCGAAUAGCCAGAGGAAUGUUGACAAAGAAAAGCAAAGCUGGUGGCAUCACAUUUCCGGACUUCCAGCUCUAUUACAAAGCUGUCAUCAUCAAGACAGCAUGGUACUGGCACAAAAACAGACACAUAGAUCAGUGGAACAGAAUAGAGAGCCCAGAAAUGGACCCUUAACUCUGGUCAACUAAUCUUUGACAAAGCAGGAAAAAAUAUGCAAUGGAAAAAAGAGAGUCUCUUCAAUAAAUAGUGCUGGGAAAAUUGGACAGCCACAUGCAGAAGAAUGAAACUGGACCAUUUCCUUAUACCACACACAAAAAUAGACUCAAAAUGGAUGAAAGACCUAAAUGUGAGACAGGAAUCCAUCAAAAUCCUACAGGAGAACACAGGCAGCAACCUCUUCGACCUCAGCCACAGCAGCUUCUUCCUAGACACAUCACCAAAGGCAAGGGAAGCAAGGGAAAAAAAACCAUGAGAGACUGUGGACUCUGAGAGGCAAACUGGGGGUUUUGAAGGGGAGGGGGAUGGGAGGAUGGGCUGGCCCAGUGACGGGUAUUGAUGAGGGCACGUAUUGAAUGGAGCACUGGGUGUUAUACGCCAACAGUGAAUCAUGGAACACUACAUCAAAAACUAAUGAUUUAAUGUAUGGUACUAACAUAAUAAAAUAAAAUUAAUUAAAAAAAAAGUCUCUUUUAGAUCCCAGGAUGUAGGAGAACUUAUUUCUUCUGCCAGUGUUUAUUAUGUAUGCUGUGUACCAGAGUUGUGCUAUGUACUAGGCAUACAUGGUUGAAUCUAUAGUACAAGGUGCCUGGGAGUUUCAGGUAAUUUUAUGUGAUGGAUCAUGGCAUAUAUAAUAAUAAUAAUAAUAAUAAUAAUAAUAAUAAUAAUAAUAAUAAUAGAGGCUUCCAGGAUGAGUAAAGGGGACAGAUAAAGAGAGCCACUGAGAAGCCCUAGAAGGUCUGUGGCCUCAGAAUUUUGGCUUUGUUAGAUUCUGCUAAAUACUUUGUUUCUAGCUGAUUACUGGCCAGUACCAGCCCCAUUCUGAUUAUCAAAUUACUUUGUCCUUAAAUCUUAGAGAUCUCUUUGUUCUCUGAUUCAGUGAUCCCUUGGACUCACCUCGGCUUGCCCAUAAGUUUUGAUUAUUCUGCCCAGGGAGUUUGGGGUAGGGAUGAAGAAGUGUUUCAGGAAAAUACUCCCAGGCUAACCAUCACUGGAGAAACAGCAAAUCCUUUUCUAGUGGCUUUUUAUUAGGAUCCAUUUGGUCUCUCUUCUUUUUCCCACUGCUUUAGAGCAAGGAAUAAAAUAACUGUGCCUAAAAUCAAAAAGCCUUAUUUCCCAUCCUCCUUCCAGACCUGACAGGAGAGCUGUUCUCAGCAUUUUAAGUGAGCAACUCUUUCCUGCCCCAGUAGAGUACACAAAGACAGAUGUAAGUGCUUUUUUUUUUUUUUUUCAUCUGUCACAUAAAUUUCAGUUAGGGACUAUUCCCACAGCUGGUAUGAUAUUUUAACUGAGGUAUUGAUGAAGCUUUGAGUUUACAGGUAAUGUAAAAUUUGGACAGAUUUUCAUUUGAAGGGGUUAUUUAUGAAAUAUUUGGUUAACUGAUUGAUAUUACCGUUAUCCUGAAUGAUGGGAAUAAAAUCAGAUCCCUGUGUUGUAAAGUUGCAAAUACUUGUGAUGACAUAUGGCCUUUCUUGAUUAUCUCACAUAAAGUCUUAAAAAUUGAAAACAAAAAGAAUUUAUCAUAGAGGUUUCUGUGAUGGUUUCAUUUUAACUUUGCUUAACAGUGAUUUCAAAUAUUUGUUGCAUAUAUAGAGGACUCCUGAUUAGAGAAACUUCCUUUGACCAGUGUGGAACGUUUCUAAUUGCAACUCUUUAAGCUUUAGGAGAGCAUAUGUUUAGUCUCAGUUGGCCAACUAAAUUUUAAUGACCCAACUUCUGUGUUAUGUGCUGUGUAUUCAAGGAAGGGUUAAGAAAAAGUCCUAGCCCUGAAGGACUCUGGACAGAGCAUCUGAAGGAGAUGAUCAGCUAGAGCAAGGCAGGGCCAGUGAUAGAAGUAUCCCCAGGGUACAGAGGAGAGGCACCUGCCUCACUCUUGGAGAAGAGUGCAGGCCAAGAAAGGUGUCAGGAAACACAUGGGAGUUUAGUCUGUGGGAAUAGAAAGAUCAUUCAUGAAGUCUCCAUGGAAUGAAAGGAACAUGGCUGAGCAGCAGAACAUCUUUCAAAAGGAAACCGAGGAAGGGCAGCCAAAGAAGCUGAAGGAGAACCAGGAGAAAAGAGAUGGCAUUAAAGCCAAGGGAGAGGAAGUUGUAGCCAUACGUAUGGUCUUCCUCUUGUAAUUCUGUCAUCUCCACAAGCAUAUUACAGGUUCUGGGAAGCCCAGCAGUAAAGACAUCUCUUGUGGUUUGUUUAACCUAGCAUUUGCCAAGAUGGUUUGAGCAGAGUGAGUGAGUGAAUGUGUGUGGGGGGGAGGACGUAUGUGUGUUCUACUGCAUCUCACUGGGGCUAGUGUUCGACAAAAUAAAUUUGAGAAAUGCUGGUCUAAUCCCUCCCAUGUAUGGCUGCCACAGUAAUACUUACAAAGGUCUGAUUCGAUGGUGUGUCUCAGUUACCAAAGAAAACAUAACAGAAGCAACCCCAGAGGAUCUCUCAUUGCCUGUAGACUGGCCCCCAGACAGGGGAGCCCAGGGUGCUCUGUGCCCAACUGGUCAUAACACCUGCCGCUCCCCAAUGCAGUCCUUCUCCCCCUGAGCACACACACACUCUGGCCUUUGGCCAGUCUGGACGAGGUGUCUUUAUCCCAAAGUUCACCAUGUUUUUCUGCUUCAGUGUUUCUUGACGGUACAAAGGAAAUAAUCCUUGUUUUCUGGUCUAUUUCUUUUUCACCCUCUCCCCCAUCCCACUUCUCCCUGUGGAGAUCUAAGCUUCCUAAAGCUCCUGGUCAGGCACCACUUUCUAUCCAGCUUUCUCUGCCACCUCUGCCAUGGACAUACUUUACAGAUACAUUAAUUAUACUACAUUCAUUCUUUUUCUUUUCAGUUUUAGAGCCUAGUUUUCCUUUUCUUUCUUUUUUCCUUAGAACUUAUUUAAUUUAUUUAAUCAUUCAACAAUAUAAUUUUACAUCUUGUAAUUUUAUAGUUAACCUUAUUAGUAUUUAUAUAUCUUUUCUAUGAAAAUGGACUUUCUAAAUAGGUCUUCAUUGGUGGUGAAGAGACACACUUUCUAAGACUUGUUUUCAGCCACCAGGAGUUUUCUGCAUACCCGGAGGGGAGACAGACUCUCACAUUAUUAAAAUGGAUCUUCUUUCAGAGACAGGAUCCAUGUGUAUCAGGAGUGUUGGGACAUGAAAAAUAUAGCAGCCCACUUUGCCCAAGGGAGACCAGAUAGAGUUCACUGAAGAAGUCAGAAUUGGGUCAGAAAACAGGAGAAUGAGCUUUCUAGGGAAAGGAGCAGAAUUGGGGGUAGGGCAUGCCUAAUCAAUGGAGUGCUGUGUGCAAAGUCAUGAAGUUGUGCUUUGUGAGUUGGUGAGAAGAUCAGUGGUGGAGCCCAUGGUGUAUGUUGGAGAGAACUGAGCAUAAGGUGGGGGACUAGCUAGUUCCACAAGACCACGAGGAGAUUUCUGUGCUGGGACAGGAAAAUUUGAUUGAUUCCAUAGGCAGUAAUGAGUCAACACAGGCUUUUGUUUCCCAGUGAGGGCAUGAAGGAAGAAGAGAAGCAAGAAUCCUAGGUGUGUUCUGCUUACAAAUACAAAACUGUGAGAUAAAAAGUGUUCCCUCCAAGCAACUCUAGCCCCUAAACUAACAUUUUUUCAUCUUUUAUAUCAAAUUUUUUAUACAAAAACUGUCUUUCAUAUUAAGACUAAUAAAAUUCUAACUCAAUUGCUAAGGCUGUAGUUAUUACUGUUCCUACUCGAGAACAAAAUAUAGGACACAACUGUCUCUUCAUUCCCCAUGGCAUCCUCAGUGGAAAGCCCACAUAUUGUCUUGGGGUUGCUCUCUCCAGUUGAACUUGUUCCUAUUAACGGCUGGGGCAGAGUGGUGUCAGAGAAAAACUUCAUCUCCCCUUUUACAGUAAUAAUGUCAUUAUUUCGGAGAUGUCUACUCAAUUCCUUUGUGAAUGUGCUGUAUCAACAAAGAGUAUAUGCACAGCAGUUUGCAGAUUUAGCUAAAAUAAAACUCUAUAAAUAUUUAAGAUUUCAGCUAAAUGAUGAUGGCUGCCUUGCUAUUAUUAUAUUAUCCUUAGACUUUAAUAAUAUACUUCAAGAUUUAAAGGAAAGUACAUGCUGUGUGAAGUGUAUAAAGAGAAUUUUUCUUUGUUUUUGAGAUAGGCAAUAUAUAAUUAAUUUUUAAAAGAAAUGGGACCAUUAUUCUUAGAAAAGUAAUACAUUUUCUAUACUCUUUUCUCUCUGAAACAGAAUUUUAUAUUCAUCUUGCACUCUAUUCAGGGACUAUAAUUACUAAAGUAUCAUAAGAAUCUUGAAAUGAAGGACUAUCUAUUUAUAUGAGUUUCCAUUAACAGAUUUCAAGAACAAUGCUAUAUUGAGAUUCAUACAUAAUUUCCUUUCUUCAUAAAAAUCACCCCAGCUGUAUCUUCAUAAUUUGUGUGCCUUUCUCAACUUUGAAUUACAUUAUUUAUGUGUAUAUUUUGAUAAUACAUAGAAGAAAGCAGGUUAAUAUAAUAUAAAAAUACCCUUCUUGAAUUCUCAUUAUGAGCCAAGCAUUGCGAUAAGCAAAAUCCAAUGACACAGAUAUAAAAUCUCAUGUUACAAAUGAAGGAAGUAAGGUUUAGAGAGGCUAAGUAACUUGUCCAGUCAUACGACUAGUGGGCAGCACAAAGAUUGGAAAUUAGAUGCCUUUAUCACUAAAAUCUUUAUUCCUUUUUACUACAUAUAAAGAGUUAUCAAAAUGUUUUAAAGGAUUACCUUCCGUAUUGUAUGAACCCAUCUUUUACAAAUACUCCAAGAAAACUGGUGCUGAAUUCUUAUUCAGUUCAAAAACAACUUGUUGCUGCUAAGCACCUUUUAAGUCCACUGCUCUCCUCUCCUUCCCCGUUGCAGGGUCCCCACGGUUUGUGCCGUGAGAAUGCGCCAAGAGGACUGUCACAAGGACACUCCUCAUCAAAAAUUAUUCCACGGUACCAGUAUGACCUCUGCAGGCAUUUUCCCUUCACUUGCACUUUUUAAGCUAUUUUCAGUAAAAUAUUGUUAAUAUUUUGAAAGCCAUCAGGAGGGAUGUUUCAUGCCCCUUGUAAUCCAUUUUAAUAAGUACAAUUUCAGUGUAGGGAGAUUUACUCCUCGCGUUUUACCUAAAUUCCUCAUUUGCAGUUUCUCUGCAUCGUUGGAAAUUAAAACAGCAUUUUCAAUGUAAGAACCUUUCAGAUCUUUGAAGAUCGAUUUUCAGCAUAAUAUUUUAGGCUAUUUUAGAUAUAUUCCUCCAGGAAGAUACAUCUAGGCCAGGAAUGACUCCCAGUAGGACACAUGGUAAGUUGAUAUCAAGACCAGUGGUCAGGUUGAGUGAAUUACGGUUUUGAGGGACCUAUUGGGCCUCUCAUCCAUACUGCCUUCAUCCUGAGGAGGUUGUGAAUAUUUUUUAAACACUUCGAUUUCAGUAAUUCUAGAUAUUAGGGUGAAAUUUAUUUUUAAGUUCAUGAAGGAAGCAAGGGGCCUUUAAGAUAGAGGUCAUUUAUUUUGGUUUCAGUUUAAAUUAUAGUGAUGGAUAUACCCCUUUUCUCCAUAAAAGAGGCAUUACUCUUUGAUUUCUUUAUUUUUCACUAUAAUCUCUGAGGCGGUUAUGGUUCCAAGAACAUGUGUAUCAUUACAGUCUGGCCCAAACCAUACUUAUAUUGAAGUGAAAAUCUGCUUUCUCUGAUAAACAUUCUAGCUCUGGCUCUCUCUUUCUAUUUAUGCUUCAGACUAAAUCCUUAUUCUCUGUAUCAGUUGUGAUUCAGUAGAGAGAAAAUCGCCUCCUUCUGGGUGUGAGAGUCAUAGCUGCUAGGCAGGCUUUAGCCACACUACCCCUGAGGAAUAUUUAAGUGUGCUGCUUGGAAAAUCCCAUUUUCCUUCAGUUCUCAUCUCAACUUCAGUUCUCAGUUUUAAAUUAUCUUUUUGGGGGUCACAGACUUGGGUAUUUUCCAGUGAGAUGAUAUUUGUUGUGUAUAUUUUCUGUGUAGUUAGUCUAUUCAUUUUAGGAAAUCCGUAAUGCAGAUAUUAUCCUUUCUUGUGACAUCUUUUCUUUCCAGAGAGUAUUUAAGUAUGAAUAUUAAAAAGUUAAUACUAUGGGGGAGCCUGGGUGAUUCAGUCGGUUAAACUCUUGGUUUGGGCUCAGGUCAUGAUCUUACCUCAAGGUCAUGAGAUGGAGCCCCACUGUCAGACUCCACGCUGGGCUCCACACUGUGCUUGGGGCCUCCUUAAGAUUCUCUCUCUCCCUCUCCCUCUGCCCCUCUGCCCCUGCGUGCAUCCACUCUCUCUAAAAAAAAAAAAAAAAAAAAGUUAACGGGUUUAUAGCAGCAAUGUCCACAAUAGCCAACUAUGGAAAGAGCCCAGAUGUCCAUCAACAGAUGAAUCGAUAAAGAAGAUGUGGUGUAUAUAUACAAUGGGAUACUACUCAGCCAUGAAAAAGAUGAAACCUUGCUGUUUGCAACAACACGGAUGGAACUAGAGGGUAUUAUGCUAAGCAAAAUAAGUCAAUCAGAGAAAGACAACUAUCAUAUGAUUUCAGUCAUAUGUGGGAUUUAAGAAACAAAACAGAUGAUCGUAGGGGAAGAGAGGAAAAAAUAAAACAAAAUCAGAGAGGGAGACAAACCAUAAGAAACUCUUAAUCAUAGGAAACAGACCGAGGGUUGCUGGAGGGUAGGGGGGGGUGAAGGGAUGAGGUAACUGGGUGAUGGACAUUAAAGAGGGCACAUGAUGUAAUGAGCACUGGGUAUUAUAUAAGACUGAUGAAUCAUUGACCUCUGCCUCUGAAACUAGUAAUGCAUUCUAUGUUAAUUGGAUUUAAAUAAAAAAUAAAAUUAAAAAAAUAAAUCAGCCAACUAGUUAACAAACAAACAAAAAUAAAGUUAAAUCCAGGAUUCUAAUGCCACACAAGGCAGAAUAUGCAGGAGGGCUGGGUGUUGUUUGCUGGGAAAGUGAAAGAUAAGAGUUUCUACAAAAGCAAUGAGUAUAGCAAAUUCUAUGAUGUCACGUGCUUACAAAACAAAAACAAUUCACUUAAAGAAUAAACCAAUUGGUCUUUUUCUUUUUGUGAAUAUUUGGAUACUACUAGUGUAACUAAAUGUUCUCUGAAAUCAUCAUUGCAUGGAGUCAGAAUA